UUGAAUGGUGGUCAGCAGAACAUUCUGGUAUACUGUGAACCACAAAAAGUACAGUAUUGAACAGAGCUUUUCUCUAGUAAAUGACCAGUUGCAAGGUGGGAAUAUUCAGCUAAAAUAUAAUUCCCUGAUCAAAAUUGGUGCUUGACUGCUGUUUUCUGCCUGAAUGGUCAGGGCUACAAUCUUGAAACACUGACUACUGAAGAGUGACAGGCCAACAAGAUGGAGGACUGCCUUCACACGUCUUCAGAAAACUUGUCCAAACUGGUUAGCUGGGCUCACAGUCAUGGAACAAUUUGUAGUCUCAUUCCAAACCUGAAGCACUUGUUGACUGAAGGGGCCCAUGGAAAUCUUACUGCAAUGUGGGGUUGUGGCGCUGGCCAUGCCUACCACUGGCCACUGGCUGUCACCUGCAGGACAGGAUCCCAGGACAGAGUGUGCUUUCAGGACAGUAGAAGCUUUAACUCAGACAGCUCCAGCAUCAUUGCAGUAUCUUCUGAGGCCCAGCAAAGCCCAUCGGAGAAGUACCAAAGUAGAUCCUCAAAAGGAAAGGCGGAGUUUUCAAGGAAUAGAGAUUCCUGUGAUUUUUCAUAUAGUGAACAUUCAGAGGUUGAUGAAAAUGUGGAAGAAUAUGAUGGUGAUUUAUUUCACAUGGCAUGUGAGUCUUCUGCAACUGAUGAAGACAGUGAUUAUGAAUCACGGCUACAAAAGAACACACUGAAAAGGCGAGAAGCAGGGCCUUUGCUUGCACUGGACUCUCCAAAUCACCUUUCUCAUGAAAACAGUAAUGAAGUUAUUGUAAAAAAGAUUAAGCAAGAGGGUCCUGAAGACUAUUACAUUGUGACAAAUGCUGAAAUAGCUCUAGACAAUGAGAGUUCCUCUGUAACUGUGAGAUCCAAGCCGAAGCCUGGUCCUGCUUCCUAUUUAGGUCCUACCAAAUCUUCAGCCCUCCUUCCUGCUAGUCACAUGCCCGAAAGGACUGAGUCAAAAGCUGUUUCUAUUAUUCCACCAAAUACGACAAGGACAAUGGGUCCCAAGUCUGGGAAGAGUUGUACGUCUUCACAGAAGAAGCUAAAUGAUGGUCAAGGAACUGGACAGCAGUUAGUUCUUCAAAUGCCAGUCAGCACUUCGGGAGGAAACCAGCAGAUCAAUAUCCCAUUGUCAGCCCUCCAGCUUCCUGGCCAAGAGGAGCAGAAUGCUUCUGAAGACAUAGGAGUACAGCUGGUAAAGACCAGAGCAUCCAGUGAGGUUUCAUUAUCUCCAUCUAUCAGUGCAGAACCUGAAGUCAGCUCAAGUCAGCAGCAGUCAAGUUUGCUUCAGUCCCUGGCAAAAGAUGUCAGUGUACAAUCAUCAGCAGCAGAAAAUGAAGAAAGAGCCUGCGAGGGUCAACAGAAUGAAAAAACUGUUCGGAGCACCCUGACAGCACUAAGAAACUUCCGAGAGUUCCUCCUUUCCAAAUACCCACACGAAAACCGGGAAAUCCAAUUCAUACCAUGCACGGAACUUGAUGUCUACCUAGCUUCAUUCUUUGUGGAUGCCAGGCAGAAAGAUGGUUCUGAAUACGAGCCCAACAGUUUGGCCAACUAUCAGUGUGGACUUGAAAGGUACUUAAAGGAAUACAAAUAUGGGUUCAGUAUAACAAGAGAUAAGGAAUUCAGGCGGUCCCAAGAAGCACUUAAGCAGAAGCAGCUUGAGCUAAGAGGUAAAGGGAAAGGAAACAAGCCACAUAAGUCAAUGAAACUAACUUUUGCCGAUGAGCUCAUCCUGCGCAAGAGGGGUUUGCUAAGCAGAUAUAACCCCGAGGGGCUGCUCAAUCUUGUGUGGUUGAACAACACUAAAGCUUUUGGGCAUUGUGCAGGAUUCCACAGUUCUACGCUAAAGUGGGGGGAUAUCAGGCUGCACAUAACCGAGACAGGCUUGGAGUACCUGGAGUGGGAAAUCAUAGACAAUUCUGAUGCACAAGGGAAGAGCCGGAGAGCUGGAACGGAGUGCAGAAUUUACGCCACGCCGCAUUCUCCACAGACAUGUCCCGUGCAGGACUACAAAGAGUACGCACAAAGGCGCCCUCCAGCUAUGCGCUAUGAAGAUGCCCCCUUCUAUCUGUCAAUUAAGCCAGUCUGUAAUCUGGCUGCACUUUACUGGUACAAUAGUCAAUCCCUAGGGAAGAAUAAACUGUCAAAAAUGGUUAAAACUAUGUGUGAAAAGGGGAAUAUUCCAGGGAGGAAGACCAAUUUUAGUGUUUACCAGAGUUGCAGUUCUCUGUCUGAGGCACAAAGCAACCAGUUGGUGUUGAUAUGUAACAAUCUGAGCCAGCAAGCUGCCCAGUCAAUGUCUGGCCUCAACAAUACAGGGAAUUUUAUUAUCUCGGGUUCUUUUGACUCUUCCUCUGAUACAGCUUGACAGAAAUUUGCUUUAGGAUUUUAAAAAUUAUUUUUAGUACUCUCUGUCCUCUUGCAAUUUUAUAGAGCCUAAUCAUUCUUCAGCCACCAAUAGUUAUACUUUUCAAACUCAGUGUGUGAAUGAAUUAUAUCUUGCAAGUGGACAAAUUUAAAAAAACAAAUCAAUGAUCGAUUGUACAGGUAAAUGAUUUAGUAAAACUCUUUUUAAAAGUAAAUGUGUACUGAUAUCGGUCUGGAAUUUUUCUUCCAAGCAACUUAAAUCUCUUUUGAAGUACUUUAGUUCCAUGAAGUUGUUCAAAAUUUUUUGAUAUUUUGAAAUGUGCACCAACUUUAUUCAGUUCUUUAACAAUGGCAUCCUUUAUGUUUAAAUACUAAAUUUUCAAGAAGGGUUACAGAAAUUAUUCAGCUGCACAGAUUUUAAUUCACAGAUUUCCAGAUGGGGAGGUGGGAAAUAAUAUUUUUGAACAAUCUUGCCUCUUUCUGUAACUGCAGUAUUAAAUGUUUAACCCAGUAUUAACUGUGUGAUGUUUUUAGCCAUUUCUCAUCAGUGUUUUAACUACCUUCCCAGUGUCCCUUGUCCCCCCUUUACAUUCUCACCCCAUUGCUGCCCCAGUUCUUUGAUCUGCAAGUGAAUCAGAGUAUUAUAAAUUACAUGUUUGCCACCUUUGAAGUCAAGCUAUUUUAGUUAUUCAAAACGAUUAGCUGACACUGAAAUUCCCUCAAAGUAAAUACGUGACAAAUAUACCAUAAAAAGAUUUAUUUUUACAACGUUGAAGCUUAGCAAUUAUAUUUGAACAUUUUCAGGGUUUGAGUACCUCUGACAGUGACCUGUAGGGUCCAUUCAUAUCUUUCCGUAUGGACUAGCUGAUCCAUGCCCGUAGUGUCCUACCUAGAAACAUACAUUAAAAUGUACUUGCAAGAUAACAAUGUUAGUCUGGCUAAAACCUGAAACAUAGUAGACUGGUAUCUCACUAUUUUCUUUCUGUGAAGUUUGCUGAUGAAGACUCCUUCCAUUUCAACCUUUUCAUUUUACAGUUAUUGAGGAUAUUGUCUUAAUAUUGAGGAAAAUAAUUCAGUGUUCUGGUAACCAUGUUGUGUUUUAAAUGCAUAGUCUCUUAUCCAUUGAUUUGUUUCUUUGGGCUCUGCAUAGCUGAAAAUUGUUUGUUUAAAAAAAAAUCUUCUGUUUGACUUGAGAUUUUUUUUAUUACUACUAUUAAUGUCACAUAUUUUGUAUGUCAUAUUUAUUUUAGUUUCAUUUGAUCGCACUUUGCAAUUAUAACUAGGCUUCUCAUAUACAAGUACUCAUAUUUGUUGGAGCUCCAAUUUUGGAAAAACUAAGCUAAAUCUGCUACAAGGUUCACUUCAGUGAAGGAUUUAUCGGCUAUAGGUCUUGACUUGAUGGCAUAAUUCCACAAGUUUAAAGAGAAGUAGACUUUAGUGCAGGACACUGUUUUACUUCCUGUAGCAAUUUCUAGAGCCACAUGUGACUGUGUGUAUUUAAGACAUUUUGUGCAAAUUAAGCCCAAUUUUCCUUAUUUUUUAAACCAACUAAAAAGAGUUCUAAAAUUGUUGAAAAUUUUUGUACCUUAAUAAUGCACCUAUAUGUGCGUGCUCUUCUCAAUAAAAGAUUAAAGUAUACCUUUCUCGAGAAGUAAAAGGUUUUGGGGUUGUUAAAUAGAGCCGUUUGUUUUGUAUCAAUCAAUUUUAUUGUUUUAAUGAACAUGUAAAGAUUACUUAUAAAGGAGACUGUUAGGUACUACUUUUUAAUCAAAAACUAAUAUAUAGACGUUGUGCUUGGUUAAUUUAUCUCUUUCUGCAUCUAAACACCAGAAUUUAUAUGGAAUCCAGAUGUGGAGUGAAUUGCGAAACAUGCCUGUAACUGUAAUAGACUUCCGAUUCUGCAUAAAUUCUUCCACAGAAGAGGUGCAUUGAAAGGUCAAAAGGGAUAAAAUAACCUGUUCUUCUUUUAGUUUAAGAUGAGGUCAACAUCAAGAGGGUUCUGUAUGGCUCCAGAUUUUGGCCCAAGUUUGAAAUUCUUUAGGAGACACUAAAAUCACUGCCUGAAGUGUAGUUCAGAUGUUUAGAUGUGGAAUUCUCUUUUAUUGAAAGUUUUCAGAUCAGCUUUUGAAUACAAGCCUUCAUAAAAUUUUAAUCUGUAUAUUUUAAUCAUGUGCAGUUGUUCUUGAUUCCUGCAUCAUUGAAUGUUUUCACAGUGUAAUGCUUUAUUUCUGUAGCCAGCCUAAGACAGUACUUGUUAAAGAAUAAGAUUAUUUCUCUCAUCUCAUGAAUGUCCCAAUGGAUUAAAGAUCAAUUAAGCACAUGAAAAAAGUUGUGCAAUUUAGCUUGCAAGUGGCUUAUUUGCACCAAUUAACAUUAAAGCCAUGCCAUUUAGAUCCUGUCUAGGUUGAUCCAAUCUUAGUAGAUAAGCAAUUUGCUUGAGGAACUCAGUUGGACAGGCAGCAUCUGUGACGAAAAAUGAGCAGUCAGGUCAUUAAGCUUUGGGUUAGAGCCCCUUGUCCAUAUGAAGAAUCUCAACCCAAAAUGCUGUUUGUCCGUUUCUCUUCACGGAUGCUGCCUGACCCACUGAAUUCUGCUGGCGUAUUGUUUGUUGCUGCAGCAUCUGCAGUAUUUUGUAUCAGCAUAGAAGAUAGUAAUUCUUGGGAACUAUUAGCUCUGUGAGCUUGCUCCACUGUUCGUUUGGAUCAUGCUGAAUGAGUGCCCUAGCGCUAUCUACCUGUGUUGGCUCCAGGUGUUUUGGUGCGCUUUUACCUAAUCUUGGUUGUGAAAAUUAUAAUGAGGUACUGCAGUUGACUGACAUUCAGCAAUGGUGGGGAGCAGGGUUACUGUAGUAUUUGGCAAUGGUUUCCAUUACAAGGUGAAAGAAAAGUUCAGAUUUUACUGCUAAUCUCUCCCAGAGCUCAAUUUUUAUCAUCACACCUCCAAUAAGUAAUGCCACAUAGUUAAGCUGCCUGUGACAACUGUACCCCAGUAACAAACCAAGGUGAUUUAUAAACCCAAAAUAUUCUAGUGCAUUUUGCAGGAGUAAUUAUCAAACAAUUUGAAACUGUUUCAAAAAGAGACAUGGAUGGAUGACUAAGGCAUGGUCAAAGAGAGACUUGAGGAGCAUAGUGGAGGGGCUGCAGAAGGAAUGGGAUAAUGGUUACUUCCCCAUGGGCACCCAUGAUAUAUUCCCCACCAUAUAACUGCAGACUCUGUCAGAUGCAGUUAGCUUAUAGAAAUCAGCAGGGCCAAAAAAGGCAUGAGGUUGCUCUAGUAGACAAGCAGAAGGAGAAUCUUAAGGGCUUCUACAGAUAUGUUAAGAGCAAAAAGUUUGCAAAGGGCAAAAUUGAUCCUCUGGAAGAUCAGAAUGCUAAUCUAUGUAUGGAGCCAAAAGAGAUGGGCAAGAUCUUAAAUAGGUUCUUUUACAUCUGUAUUUGCUCGGGAGAUGGACGUGGAGUAUAUAGAAGUGAGGCAAGCGACAGUGAGGUCAUGGAUCUUAUACAGAUUUGAGGAAGAGGUGUUUGCUGUCUUGAGGCAAAUUAGGGUAAAUAAAUCACCAGGGCUUGACAAGUUGUUCCCUCGGACCCUUUGGGAGUUAAGAGUUGAAAUUGCAGGGGCCCUAGCAGAAAUAUUUAAAUCACCCUUAGCAACAAGUGAGGUAUCGGAGGAUUGUGGGGUAGCUAAUGUUGCUCCACUGUUUAAGGAAGGCUGUAAGAAUAAUCCAGGAAAUUAUAGGCUGGUGAGCCUGUUAUCAGUAGUGGGAAAGUUAUUGGAAGGUAUUUUAAGGGACCGACUAUAUGAGUACUUGGAUAGACAAGGACUGAUGAAGGAUAGUCAGCAUGGCUUUGCUCAUGGUAGGUCAUGUCUAACCAGUCUUAUAGAGUUUUUAGAGGAAGAUACCAGAAAAAUUGAUGAAAGCAAGGCAGUGGAUAUUGUCUUUAGCAAGGCAUUUGAUAAGGUCCCACAUGAGAGGUUGGUCAAGAAGGUUCAGUUGCUUGGCCUUCAAGAUGAGGUAUUAAAUUGGAUUUGACUUUGGCUUCAUGGAAGAAGCCAGAGAGUGGUUGUAGCUGUUUGCCUCUCUGACUGCAGGCCUGUGAUUAAUGGUGUGCUACUGGGAUCAGUGUUUGUCAUCUGUAUCAGUUAUCUGGGUGAUAAUGUGGUUAACUGGAUCUGCAGAUUUGUGGAUGACACCAAGAUUAGGGGUGUAGAGGACAGCAAGGAAGACUAUCAAAACUUGCAACAGGAUCUGGGCCAACUGAAAAAAUGGGUUGACAGUGAAAGAUGGAAUUUCAGAAACAAGUGUGCACUUCGGUAGGAUUAACCAGGGUAGGUCUUAGGCAGUGAGUGGGAGGGCACUGAGGAGUGCAGUAGAACAAAGGGAUCUGCGAGUACAGGUCCAUAAUUCAUUGAAUGUGGCGUCACAGGUAGAUGGGGUCAUAAAGAAAGCUUUUAGCACAAUGGCCUUCAUAGAUCAAAGUAAUGAGUACGGGAGUUGGGAUGUUAUGUUGAAAUUGUGUACAAAGUUGAUGAGGCCUAAUUUGGAGUUAUAUUUGAAGUUUUGGUGACCUAACUAUAGGAAAGAUGUACAUAAGAUGGAAGUAUGGAGAAAAUUAACAAGAGUGUUGCCAGGACUGGAGGAUUUGAGUUAUAAGGAAAGAUUGAAUAGGUUAGAACUUCAUUGCCUAGAAUGUAGAAGAUUGAUGGCAGAUAUGAGGGAUGUAGAUAGAAUAAAUGUAAGCAGGCUUUUUCCAUUGUGGUUGGGAGAAUCUACAAUUAGAGGUCAUGGGGUAAGGGUGAAAUGUUUAAGAAGAACAUGAAGGGAAAUAUCACUCAGAGGUUGGCAAGAGUGUGGAAUGAGCUGCUAGCAGAAGUGAUGGAUGCAAUUUUGAUUUCAACAUUUAAGCGAGGUUUAGAUAGGGAUGUGGAUGGGAGGAGUAUAGAAAGCUGCAGGUUAAUGAGACUAAGCAGUUUACAUGGUUUGGGUUGGACUGGAAGGGCUAAAUUGUCUGUUUCUGUGCUGUAGUUAUCUGAAACCAGGGAAUCUUUUCAUUUGAUGGCUCAUAACUGUCUUUAAUCUUAAGAGAUUUGUUAGUUUGAAAAAUUGAGGGUUAUAAUUUUAAAAUUAUACUAGGUUGCUUAUAUUGUUGCUCUUCCCACUGGAAGAAUAGAUUUUUCUUAUAGAAACCGAAAAUGCUGGAUAAAGUAACAGGUGAGGCUGCAUUUCUGGCAAGAAAAUCAUGAAUGGUUGAUGGUUCAUGAAUGCUGCUUGAACCUGCUUAACAUUACUAGCAUCUUCUAUUUUUAUUUGAUUUUCAGUAACUUCAGUAUUGCUUUUGAUAUCUGUCAUCUUUACCAGCUGGAUAGGUGACUGAUCGCACUCCUUAGUGUCUGUACAGCCAAAUUAUUAUCAGGUGAUUCAAGUAGCUUUGUUCACCUUUCUCCUGCUGCAAUGAAGAUAGCAUACACAAGCUCUAAAGAUGUACAUUCUGUAUUUUGAUCAUUCAUUUCACCAGAUGCACCUUAAAACUAAGGGAGACUCAAAUUUUUCAUUUCCACACUAUAUCUUGGUUUGAGUUUUGUCCUGCUGUCUGAACUUCAAUUUUACUUUCAAGUGAAGAUUGAUUUUUGUUUCUGAAAAUAGAAUUGUAAUACUAACAGUAUUUUGUCAAUGAAUUGUCACUGUCUUGCCAAAAAAACAUGCCGAUCUCUAUGUAUUUUGUAAUCAAGUGGUAUUGUUGCAAUGCAGAAUAAGCAUGUUUUGCAGGCACUUAUAUUUUCAUGAGUGAUUUGAUACUUUUUAGAAAUGUUACAAUUUGCUGCUAAUAAUCUAUUAAUAAUUUUGAAGAGUGUUUAGAGCCUUUAGUGUAGUUCCACUAAUCAAUUCUUUCUAUUGGGUGUUUGACUUGUUCUUGUUGGACCAAACAAUAAGAAUGGUGCAAAAAAAAUUAUUUCUGAGAUUUCUUUUAUAAAACCACAAGGGUGGUGGGAUGGGGGAAGGGAAGGUUGGUUGGAAUGGAGAUAAGCAAAGCUGGUUGAAAAAGGUUUACUGUAACAGAUAGUGAUAUCUUUCACCUAAACCACCUUCAUUUUUCCUCAGUUGAUGAAAUAAUGUUUCAAGAUGCUCCAUAUUCUUCAGAAUAUUUAUAACAUGCAUUUGAAUUUAAUUUUUUGCCUGUGUGUGUGCUGUCAUUUCCUACAGACAAUGUAUUUAAUGUUCUUCAGUAUUGUUCAUUCAUUUUGUGGGGGUGUACAGAAGAAAGAGUCGUUUGGCAUUUGCAUCAUGCAGUACUUGUACCCAUUCAAGAUGACUGUAUUGAUUGGUAGGCUAACAUCUUUGCUGUUUAUGGGGAAAAUAUGUUGCCCCCCUCAAAAAAAACAUUAAAAAUACUUGCACACUACUUAAAAUUAAUCUGUUUUUAAAGUUAUUAAUAAUUGUCUGAUUGCUGCAUGCUGCUUCGGAGUUUCUCGGUGUAUGUAGAAAGUGAAUGAUUUUCCAGAUAAUAAAGAAUAAAUCUAUACUGUAUUCUCCACUUGGGUAGGAUUUGUUUUUAUUUUAGUGCUGUGCUUCUGAGUUAAGAAUCAUGCAGUUACAUAUACAAAGACACCUCCUGUGGUUGUAUCAUGUUGUCAAAAAUCUGUCAUUGAUGGUAAUAAAUUAUGUAUUCUGAAUGUGGCUCUUUUGAAGGAUCACAGUAAUAAAAAAUGAAAUUUU